UCAUCUCUCUCAGACUUGUUUCUCUCAUUCCCAAAUUAAGAACAAAAAACACGAUCAUGGCUUUGACUAAGAAGAACAUGUUUUUUACUUCUUUGUUGAUUCUUGUAACUCUUUUUGGAGUUGCCAUUGGAGGAACCGUUCACAAGGUCGGAGACUCGAAGGGAUGGACGAUGAUAGAUGUUGAUUACGAGGCUUGGGCUUCAUCAAGAACUUUUCAAGUCGGAGACUCUUUGGUCUUCUCAUACAACAACAAUUUCCACGACGUCACUGAAGUCACUCACAAUGAUUUUCAGCUGUGUGAAUCGUCUAAACCACUUGUGACAUACAAUACUGGGUCCGACUCAAUCAUUCUAACUAAACCGGGAGUCCAACAGUUCAUAUGCGGAGUUCCUGGUCACUGCAAGUCGGGGCAGAAGCUUCAAAUCCAUGUCUUGCCAGCCUAUUUGGGUCACGUCGCUGCUCCGGUUCCUGGACCUGUCCGAUCACCAAGCUCUUCCUCGUCUCCUUCACCAGCCAACGCUCCACAGCAGCAUCAGAUGGCUCCAUCACCUCUUCAAAGCGGUGCCUCAAAGUCGGCUUCUUGGAUCGGCUUCAGCUUGUUGGCAUUGAUCUUAGCAUUCUAG